CCGCACCGCCACACAAACCAUUGAAAGACCAAGAAGAAGAAGAGAAGCAGAGAAAGACACGGAAAGGCAGGCGCUAAGAGACUUUGAGAAAAUAGCAAAGACUUGGUUGCUCGCAGCCGCAGGGAGAAAAGAACUCUAAUAACUCACAGAAACCCAGAACAAGAAACCCUUCCCAUUAGGCACAAGAGACCCUUCUCUUGUUUUUAAGUAGUAGAAACUGUGAAACUUUUUUUUUUUUUUUUUUUCCCUCUUUGGGCUUCUUUCUUUUUAGUACCUACUCGUUUUGUUCACAAAUAUCCAUAUAUACAUGUACUUAUUUUUUGUGUUAUAUUACAAAUAUAUACACACAAGAAGAGGGAGAGUCGGAAGUCUUGGUUUUGGUGUGUGUAAUUGAGAAGGGUUCAAGAUGAUGACGAGGGUGCUGACUAUCAAGAGGGUUCCAACAGUGGUUUCGAAUUACCAGGAGGACAGUAAUAAUGAAGAUAAUAAUUCUGAGAGAGCCUUAGGGUGCACAAGGAAUUGCCUGGGAAAGUGCUGCUUACCUGUCUCAAAGCUUCCUCUAUAUACGUUCAAGAUAGACACAGAGCAUCCUAUUGAAGAUGGAAAUGUGAAUGUGAAUUCGUCUGAAGAACUACCUCAGGUAUUUUUCCUUCACAAUUUGUUGCUUGGACAGUGGGAGGAUCGAAUGAGGCGUGGUCUUUUUCGCUACGACGUAACCAAUUGUGAGACAAAGGUUAUCCCUCGGAAAUACGGAUUUAUUGCCCAGCUAAACGAAGGUCGCCACCUGAAGAAACGGCUCACUGAAUUUCGGGUCGACCAGGUUCUUCAGCCCUUUAAUGACAGUAAAUUCAACUUCACCAAAGUUGGCCAAGAAGAAGUGCUGUUCAGGUUUGAACCAAGCAAUGACAACAAGAGCCACUUCUUCCCUAGCGCAGAUAUAGCUUCAGAUAUGAACUCUCCUAGCGUUAUUGCCAUCAAUGUUAGCCCUAUUGAGUAUGGACAUAUUCUAAUGAUACCUCGGCUUCUCGACUACUUGCCACAGAGGGUCGACCAUAAGAGCUUCUUAUUUGCAGUUCAUAUGGCUAGAGAAGCAGCAGAUCCCUUGUUUAGAGUGGGUUACAACAGCUUGGGUGCUUUUGCCACUAUUAACCACCUGCACUACCAAGCAUAUUACUUGGCAGUGACCUUACCAGUUGAGAAAGCUCCAAACCGAAGAGUAGGUGGGGAGAAGGGGCUGUGCGAUAAAGGAGUGGUUGUUUCAGAGCUGUGGAAUUAUCCAACACGAGGUCUUGUUUUCGAGGGUGGAAAUACGAUAAGGGAUUUUUCUGAUGUAGUUGCUAAUUCUUGCAUUUGCCUUCAGAACAAAAAUAUCCCUUUCAAUGUGCUCAUCUCAGAUUGUGGGAAAAGGAUCUUUUUGUUUCCCCAGUGUUUUGCUGAGAAACAAGCACUUGGAGAAGUGAGCCAGGAGAUAUUGGACACUCAAGUAAAUCCAGCAGUAUGGGAGAUCAGCGGACACAUAGUGCUUAAAAGAAGGAAGGAUUUUGAUGAUGCAUCAGAGGCGUAUGCAUGGAGACUUCUUGCUGAGGUUUCUUUAUCAGAAGCAAGUUUUCAAGAGGUGAAGGAUUAUGUAUUUGAAGCAGCAAGGUUGCAGAAGGCAAAUGUGGAAGAGAACAACAUAAACGAAAAAGAAUCUCUUUACAAGCCACCUGCUCGUAGUCCAGCUGCCCCACAUUUACCUCGAGACUGUUCAGUUCAUCAAUGACAGGUUCUUCUUUGGCUGGCUUGCUACAAUAAAAUGUUGCCUAUUUUGCAAAGAAACUACAAUAAUUUGUUGUUGCUCGUAAAUCGCAAUUAGAUGUCUAGUAGCUUUUUCAUAGUUAGACACUGUUGCUAUUGUACAUGUAUAUACUGGACACUAUAUAUUCAGCAGGAAAUAGUGUUGAAAACGUUGGG